AUGCUCUGUCACGCCUCUGGAGAUUCAGCCAACGCUUCUGCUCUUCCCUCUUUGAGGUCCUCCUUUAUCGCCUCUCUGCAAAGCCUUGCAAGCUCGGACGUGAGCUUUGGUUCCCUGCGGCUCGUGCUGCUCUACGCUGGCGUAUCGGCUCAAAAGUUUCAAGAGACAGACCUUCCUCGUGCGGAUGUUCUACAAGCCGUUAAUAUUCGUCGUCGAAGUUGCCCAUUGCGGAAUCUUCCCAAAAGCCAGCUAGCGUACCGAAGGAUCCCUGUUAAUGAUAGUUCUGGGAGUUCGCUUUAUGAACUUGGGGGCAUUUUCUCCUCUCCGUGCGAAAGAAAAUAUUCUCCGAAGAAAGCGAUGUUCCUAUCCCGUAUGAAACUUUGGUCCAACAGCGACAUCCUACUGGCCAAACCUUUGACUAACAAUGAUGUGCUCAAUUUCAUCAUGAUAUCAUCUUCGGGAGACUCCCACUUCCAGCACAGAGAGGAGGGCUACUGGAAUUGUGAGCUCCCAUGGAUGGUCUUAGUCGUCAUGAUGAACUUGGAGAACCUCUCUCCCUACUCAUUCCAUUGUCCAUAUGAAAAGCUUCGACAUCUUCAUCUUCUUCGUAGCUUGAUGUUGGAGCGUAAGCGACGAAGAUAUUCAAAGCUGGGGUUGAACAACAUCUUCUUCCGCAGACGUUCGAUUCCGAUUCCGACGGGUAGCCUUUUAUGGAAAGCUUUUAGUGAGAAGAACGAGGUUUUGCGUAUGAAAGAAGAAAUUCGAAAGGAAAAACGAGAGGCACAAUUUGGAAAUAUGAAGUGCAAGGAGGAACUAGGGAAAAUAAUUGACUAUAUAGAUACUCUACAUUAUCACGAUCAUGUUGACUACAGCUAUAUAUACAAACUGUUAGAAGAGGGAGCAACGGCAGCUGGUGGAAGCAUUCAUAAUCCUUAUGAUUGGGAAGUGGAUACUGCGCGGGGGACACCAGUGAAAAGAAGCUCACUUUACUUAGCCUGA